UCUGCAAACGUGGAGGCCCAGUGUGCAGGUGUUUCAGAGGAUAAUGCCCGUUUGUCAACAACCAGUCAAGGAUAUGUUUUACCAGAAGGAAAAAUCAUGCCAAACUCGGUCUUUGUUGGUGGAAUCGAUAUAAGGAUGAAUGAAGCAGAAAUUCGGAGUUUUUUCGAACGAUACGGUACUGUGAAAGAGGUGAAAAUAAUCACUGACAGAACUGGUGUUUCCAAAGGGUAUGGAUUUGUAUCUUUCCUGGACAAUGUGGAUGUUCAAAAAAUAGUAGAAUCACAAAUCAACUUCCAUGGCAAAAAGCUGAAACUGGGGCCAGCAAUUAGGAAGCAACAAAACUUGUGUUCUUAUGUGCAUCCCAGACCAUUAGUCUUCAAUCCUCCUGCACCACAGUUCCAUAGUGUAUGGGGUAAUCAAAAUACAGAGACAUACAUGCAGCCUCCGGCUGUAAUGAGCCCAGUAACACAGUAUGUUCAGACAUAUCCGUACAGUUCACCAGCUCUAUUGAUACAGCAGCAAGUUCCUGUAGGGUAUCAGCCAGCUUACAACUAUCAGGUUCAACCACAAUGGCUUGCUGGGGAGCAAAGAAAUUAUGUUAUGCCUCCGGUUUAUACUUCAGUAAGCUAUCACUGCACUGAGGAUCCAGAAUUUAUACAGACAGAAUGUGCUGUUCCAGAGCCCACGCAGUCAGCUACUAACAGUCCACAAAAGAAGUCUGUGGACAGGAGCAUACAAACAGUUGUAUCCUGUCUGUUUAAUCCUGAGAACCGUCUGAGGAACACCUUUGUAUCACAAGAAGAGUACUUUAAGGAGAGGAAGGUGCAUCACUUCAGAAAAGGAAGAGCAGUACUCAAAAGUGUUUGAUCAAUGAAGACUUUGAAGUAUCUAAAAUCAUUAACUUGAUGUUGCUACAGUUCAGUUUAGCAAUAUAUGCAGUAUAACCUUUUUCA